AUUUAGCAUUCAAAACCAGUUUCAUUUAAGAACCGCAGCAGGAUCGACCACCGUAACAGAAAAUUUUUUCCAAGUCAAAGAAAGAAUCCUGAACUUUGUUUAAAAAUGGCUAAAAUUGUGUUAUUACUCGUUCUUGCAACUGUUGUUUGUGUUUACGCUUAUCCUACAACUGAAAAUGAAAAUGCUGAAGAUGUAGUUCAAUCAGAAGUCGUCAGAGUACAAAGAGAAGCAUCACCAGUAGCUAGUGCUAAUCCUGAUCCUUACCGAGGCGGUGGCGGUUAUGGCUACAAACAUCAUGGCCAUCACUAUCCUCAGUAUCACAAUCAUUACCCUAAGCGAUGCCACCGUUGUGGGCACAGAGGAUAAAUCUUCAGAUCUUAACGAAGAUUCAACAUAAUCAAGAUUCAUAUCUGAUUAUUUCUAGAUGACAACUAUAAGUAUUACAUAAUGUAACCAACAUUGUUAUUCCCCUUCAUAACAGUAGACAUGAUGUAUUUAUCUACAAUAGAUAAAAUCCUUACUAAUAAUACAAUUAAUCAAACACUUAUUUUCCUUGUACACAGUCAAUGGUAUGUCUGUAAAAUAUCAAUGACUUCAUAUCAAUAAAAAUGACUUGAUUAAAAUAUUCAUAUUGUGUUUCUUAUUAAGAAUGCUAAAAGCUAAACUUUGUAUUAUAUUCAAUAAUAAGUUGUCCUGAUGUUCAUGAAAAAAUUCAUGAGAUCUUUUCUUACUUCAUGGUCGUACAACAAUAUUAUUGAUGUCUAAAAGUGAACUGAUAAGCAAAUUGAUUAGUUAAACACUAAAAUUAUCAUUAAUUGAUCAUAAAAUACAUACCAAGAAAUCGAAACAUGGACCGUGCAAAUUAUAUUAAUCAUCUUAAUUGCUGAGUAUAUUUAAAGGUCAUUCUCAGUGGAGAAUAUUUCAUUUGUAGUGUAGUGAAAGAUGCAAGUGAGCAACGUUCUUUUCUCCAUCUUCAUUUCCAUCAUUCCGAUUAUUAUAUCAUCAUCAGAAGUGUUAAAUACUGCUGAACAGCAUUACGAUCCAAAUUCGAUAGAACAAAAUGAAAAACUUGUUCGGUUGUUUUUACGACUGGCUUAUCAAACGACUAAUCGAGUGGUUGAAUUAAGAAAUGCAGAAAGAGCUCAAGCAACGAAUAAAUUAGACACUGAAUUACAAAACUUGACUUUAAAAGAAAUAAUUCAAGGACAAACGAAACCUGAUGAGCAUAAAAAUGAUGUAUUUACGGAAGUCCAAAGUAGAUUUUUAUUUCCAAUUGGUUCAAAAACAAUAUCUGACAUUUUAAAACCUGCUGAAAGUAUAACUACAGCUACAAAUCAUCUAGGAUCUCUGACCUCGAAUGAAUCUGAAAGUAAUAUGAAUAUGGAUUCAAUGUUUAGUGAAGGAGCACGAAAUCUUUUAAAUUUAGGAAUAAAUAAAACCAUUGAUGCUGUAGUUGAUCAAACCAACCUUCAGAAAACUGUAGAAAGUUUCACAUCUCUGGUAACUAAUGAAAAACCUGCAGAUGUCCAAGCUAAUGUGGAAAAUUCCCUACCCGCUUUGAGAUUUUUAUCAGAUGUGGAGAUUAAAAAUGAAACUGGUUUAAACAAUUCAACAGACGUGACAAGAAUUCAAGUAAAUACUGGUAAAGAUGAACUUCUAAUGAACGAUACUACAAAAAAUGGUAAUAUACCAUUAAGGACUCCAACAAAUAAUCUAGACUUUGGUGAUGAAGCUCUUCGCCAAUUGCAAGCUCUCCAAAAUCUAAAUUUGGGUAAACCAGCUUCAGUUCCAGAUCGAAGCCCAGAUGGAAGGUCUCGAAGAAAUGUUAAGGAGCUUGAUGCAGCACCUUGCAAAGAUAAAUCGUUAGAUAAUAUAUUUAAAUUUUCUUUCGAUAAAAAUGAUGAUAAUCACGGAUCCAAUUUCGAUGAGCUGAUAACUAAAAUGAAGCUUCAAGAUAUUAUGAAUUUAAUCAAUAGACAUCGUUAAUUACUUUUUUUUACAAUUAAUAAAUAAUAUCAUCUCCA